CUGUCGUGUCGUGUUAACUUUUCUUUUCCCCGUCGAAGUUCCGUGAACUUUUGAUUUUCUUCACAAGAGAAGAAAAUAAUAUCGGAAAUUUCAUUUUUUUAUUACUUCUAAGCUUGGAAGAGGCUUUUUCUUUUUCAAUUUUUUUAUAAUGGAAUUAUUUUAGUCUUAAAUACUUCCAAAUCCCUGCUUGUUUCCCCUUUUAUUUUAAAAAUUAAAUAUUGAAUUCGAUAAUUGUAGAUCUUAGAUGGAUGAAGCCUAGAGUCCCAUGUGGGUAAAGUCGUAGAUGAGACUUGGUAUCUCUGACUGACCCGUUCUAUCGAUCUAGAUUUCCACAAAUUUUUCAGACAGGUGUAGUUAGCAAAUGGCGAAAGGUAGCAGAGGACGACGUAGAAUUGCUUUCCGGCAAUUUAGGCCAACCCCAUACUCAUUGACCUCUUGUCAUCAAGGUAUCUCUGGGGAUUUGUACCCCACAAAAUGUUCCAAAGCUUUGGAUAAGAAAGAUUGGGAAGAUGUAACAUGUUCUGUUUGCAUGGAGUGCCCUCACAAUGCUGUUCUUCUUCUCUGUUCAUCUCAUGACAAGGGCUGCCGUCCCUACAUGUGUGGAACUAGCUUCCGAUACUCGAACUGCCUUGACCAGUACAAGAAGUUCUACUCUAAAGUAGUCUCAUCCAAUCAAGAACCCUUGCAUGGUUCCAUUGAUAAUCCAGUUUUGGCGCCAGGCUCCAGUUGGCCUGUUGAGAAGUGUGAUGCUACAGAACUUUCAUGUCCACUUUGCAGGGGUCAGGUGAAAGGAUGGACUGUAGUGGAACCUGCAAGGGAAUAUUUAAAUGCUAAAAAGAGAAGCUGCAUGCAGGAUGACUGUACCUUUGUUGGGACUUUUAAAGAGCUAAGGAAACACAUGAGAGCAGAUCAUCCAUGUGCUCAGCCACGUGAAGUGGAUCCUACUCUUGAACAGAAAUGGAGAAGGCUUGAACGGGAUCGGGAGCGGGAGGAUGUGAUAAGCACAAUAAGGUCGACAAUGCCAGGGGCAAUGGUUUUUGGUGAUUAUGUAAUCGAAGGAAAUCAUCAUGGUUUUGAGACAGAUGAAGAGGAUGGUCUCAAUGCAGAUACUACAGAAAGGAAUGGAGGUUUUGAAGUAGGCUUAGAUGGUAAUUUUGUGAACUUCUUUCUUCUGCUGCAUGCAUUUGGGCCAUCAGGGACUGGUAGACGACCAAGGCAGCCUAUGCAUUCAGCAGAUGAGAAUGCUGUUGGUGUUCAGCACCCCUCUCCUGUUAGUUUAUCUGAUCAAGAUGAUGACAACUUUAGUAAUGAUGAUGAUAACGACGGUGGUAAUAUUGCUUUGGUUAGCCACCUGCGCCGGCAUGGCAGAAUUCUUUUGGGACGUUCAGGCAGAAGACGAAGGCGAAGGGAAGCCAUUGGAGGUUAAAUAUAAGAUCUAAGUGUUACCUACAAAGGAGGGAAAACGGGAAGGUUACAUAUCUCCACAGUGUUAGGCAAAAAUUAGUUUAAACACAUAAAAGAUUUAGACUUAUGAAUUUGCACUGAUUUACUUCUCAUUCAUUUUAGGGGUCAUAUCAUGAGGUCGGAUGGGAAAGUGAUUUGGUGGAAAAGAUGGUUGUUUUCCUUUGUUGUUGUGUAAUUAUUUGGAUGUUUCCAUAAUUCCUUUUCCUUUCCUUCUGUUAUUUGAAUUCUUCCCCUCUGUAAACAUGUAUGUUCUUCAGUUAAUUUCAGUUAAAAUGAAAAGAAGAAAUUGGUCUGUUCCUU